GCAGUGGAGGUACGCCUAAGUUUAACGCUACCACAAAGCAAUCAAGACUCUUCAUAACACCUCUGGCGCCCUCACAAAGCAUCCGCUGCAAGUACGAGUCUCGACUCCAAGCUCGCAUCAGCCCAAAGCAGUUGAUCUCUCAGAUGGUUACCGUAGAGUACUACAACAAAAAUGUAGGAAACAACCCGCAGAAUGCGGCAAGCUAUAAUGAAAAGAGACAUGCUAACAUUACUACCAAGCCUAUCGAUACCUCGAUACUGUCCAGUAAGAAUGCGGAUAAGUUAGAGGCAGGUGAUCCAGUUAAUUUUACCGUUCAGUUACAACUCCCUGAGUGUGAGACCAACUUGAGUGUAGUAGUUGAUUUGCCCACAGUCCCUGAAAGCGUUAUUGAUCUGGCUCGUAAAAGGAGGAGUUUACAAGGAAUCGGAAUUGAGAGUGAAGAGGAUAACUUAAGGUCUCGGCACAAGCGUUCAGCAGGUGUGGUCAACGCCCUAUCUCCUAUUCUAGGUGACAGUUUUGUGAAGUACGGAAAUGGCCUGACUUUAUCUCUGAUCCCAGUCAUAACACCUGCGAACCCUACGACUCUGACUAUACCCUUUGGUACUGUUCAAAAUCUUCCCGGCUCUGGAUCCAAUGAUACAAUCGAGAUCUUUCUAAAGUUUAACACCGCAAACAGACCACUCAUUCUUAGUGGACGACGCCUGUACUUGACAGUGAAGUUGAAUUUUGAUGCUGGAUCAGAUAGUGGGGUGAAACAGUUUGUUAUCGUUGGACCACUGGUGAAGCCACUACUGUCCAUUGUUAAAACUGUGGAGAUAGCAGAGAAGAACGUGGACUCGCCUCUUGUGUUAUUUAACAUUACCGUCAGUCACACCAACGCCUCUGUUUACGAUGCGACCAACCUAACUGUCCAGGAUUCCACACAAGGAAUGGAUUUUUAUGAUUCUGAUUCGUCGACUCAAGGCGCCUUUGUUACGUUUCCCAGAAAGAACAGCUUUGAAAUUCGUUUUACCCUUCGAAGUCUGCGCGUUGGUGAGACAAGAUCCUUUAUCUAUGUGGCUCGAUUUAAAGUGGAUGAGAAGGAGCCGACCACGCUGCGUAUCCCUGCUACAGUGACAUGGAAGAGUGUACAGCUAAACAGCCUGACUUACAGAGUCUCAAGCGAUGCCAGCACGUCUUGUCUUCAAAGAGCUGACGUGGAUGAACCAGAGCGUCGUAAAGUGUUUGGUUAUUUUGCUCUUGGCGUUUUCCUUGGUUUGUUAUUCGGAGCUCUGAUUGCUGCCAUCUUGAUACUGGUGGUGAUCAAAUGUUGCGAUAAGGGCAAGAUGGCGCCAUAUUAUACGCGCUUUACUAACACAACCACCAUGACUGUUCUGACUGGAGGAUCUCAGUAUAUUUACCACGGCGGUGAAAUGCCAGACAACAAACCAGUGGAAACACACAAAGAAAUCAGUAUUGUUCAAACUGACGAGAGUAUCGUACCUAUUCUAGCUCUGGACAAAGCUUCUCAGACAGAGAAAGAGUUCAACAGCCUUGAUGUACAAGCUACAGCGGCUCUGGAUGCUGACUUGGAGGCUCAACGACAAAACAUGUUUAUCAGAGCUCUCAAACUGCUGGCCAAGAAACUGCGGGUGAAAAGAGACAUAUCAACUGAACAAGAAAACAAGUUUGCAUUGGAAAUCAAGCAGGCAAUCGGUGCAGUGGCAUUUAAAAUGGCAGCAGAGUACAGGAGGAAAUCUGCUGAGCUCAGAAGGAGGCUGACAGCAGACGGAAAGAAUCGUUUAGAUGCCUUACAUCGGGAGCAAGCGAAAGAACGAGAGGAAACUGAAAACAAAAUCAAGGGACUUGUGAAUGAGCGAGAAAAGAAGAACAUCCUUGAACUUCUGAAACGGCGGCAAGAUGCCCAAGAAGAAGAGCUGAAACAGAAUCUAAAACUGGAGCAAGAUGUUGAGAUGGAGAAGCUCAGAAAGGAAAUUUCGAUAAGUAAACGUUUUGCGCUGAAAGAAUCUCAAAACCAACUGAUUCAGAAUUUAAUAAAGGAUGCAAAACUGAAUGAAGAACAAGCGAACGCCAUUAUGAAGAAUCACUUGGCCAACAUGGCCGCCAUAGACAAAGCUACAGACGAGGAGCGGGCCAGACGUGUCAUGGCGCUGGAAAUGAGGUUGGCAGAGCGAAGGGCGCUAGCAAAACAGAAGCAUGAAGAAGAGGAACGUAAAAAAGGAGAUCUAGGCAAGUUAGAACAAAAUCACGCCGAAGCACUGGAAAAUCUUGUCCGGUCAUCGAAUCUCAACUCAGAAGAUGCUGCGACUUACUUGGAACGAUUUAGAAAAGACUUAGAGGUCGUGAACAGCAAACUUGCAAAGGACAGAAAGCGCCAGGAACAGAAAUUACAUCAUAAACUGACGGCACUUAAGCAGAAAAGAAUUGAAGAAAAGUUGCGCGAACAUCAGCGGGAAAUCAAGGAAUUUGAAGAACAACAGGAUGAGAAGUUUGAACAAGUAGAAAUUGAUACUGUGUCUUCCAUAACUGAGAAGCAGAAAAUUUUGCAAAAACAUCGACAAGAAAUUGAGGAAAUAGAGCAAACUUCUGACAGAGAGGCUGCAGAACAAAUCGAAGCCCUCAGAGAUCAACAGACACACGAUGGGAACCAGAUGAUCAAAAACAAUACUCAAAAAAUGUAUCAGGAGUUGGUUAAUAAAGGUUUAUCUGAGUCUGAGAAGGAAGCAAUUUUGGAACGGCAUAUGGCGGACAUUGCGAUGCAGCAAGAGGCCAGAGAAGAAGAGCGAAAACGUCAAAGAGGAAUGCUGGAGAAAAGACUAGAAAAACAACGUGCUGCUUUAGAGAAGAAAAUGAAGGAAGAACAAGUGGAACAGGCCGAAAUCAGGAAACAAGAGGAUAAGAUCGUUGGGGAUUUGAUAAUCAAUCAAGUUGCAAUGUCUGAGGAGGAAAGAGAAAAAAUCAUUCAAGAACACGAGAAGAACCUGGCUGCACUUGAAAGCAGUCUGACCCUAAACAAGUUACGUCAACGGCAAAUGUUGGAGGACAAACUUGCCCAGCGGAGGAAGAGAAGAAUGGAGGAGUUGGAACAGAAACAAAUGCAUGAGACUAAGGAUCGGGAUUACAGCGACAAAAUCUUAGUGGAAGGCGAAGAUAUAGAGAUGAUCAAGAAACACGAGCAAGAGAAAAUGGCGGCGAUGAAGGAGGAUGAGUUGCAAAUCGAUGAUGAAAUGGAAGCGGUUAGGCAAGAAAUGCUCGCAGAAAGGUCUAAGAGGCUCGAGGAACAUCACGAAAAACUGGGCGCAAUCAUUGCCAACCUACAGAUUGAGAAAGCAAAACAGAUCUCAAAGAUAGCAAUGCAACAACAGGCUCUGGGCCAGCUUCAAGCAGGUUUAAUUGAUGAAUUAGAAUCCAAAGGAACCUUCCAGGAUCCUGAGACGCAGAAAAUUAUGGAAAAAUAUCAAAAGGAUACAAAAAAUCUUGAAGAUAAUUUGAAAGAACAAAAAGAAAGACAGGAAAAGGCACUGAAAGAACGCCUUCAGGAGAGGAUGAGGCAGAGAGAGGAAACUCUUGUCCAGAAACAGAAGGACGAGUUAACUCAGUACUUAAACAGUCUGAACGUGAACAACAUGGCCAUGAAGCUGCGAAAAGCUGCUUUGAAGGCGAGACACGAGAAGGAACGCAAUGAAAUGAAAAACAGACUACAGAAGGAGAUUGACCAAUCGAUUAAUGAAUUAAAGAUGACAUUUGACAUAAAGAGAAUGCAGGCGAUUGAGGAACAGAAUAUCAAGUUGAUCUCCAUUUUAGUUCAACAAGGUAAACUUCAGGAAGGUGAACUGGAAUCUGUGCUCAAAUACCUUUUCCCCAAAAAAUCUUCUAACGAAAUCGACGAGCUUCUCUCUAAGAUAUACGGUUCAAAUCAUACUAAAGAAAGUAAACAGACUUUCACAGACCCUCGGAGACCAAGUACAUUAGAGGCUAGGAUCAGAAGGAGAAGUUCUGUCCAUAUGACCACGCCUCCGGCAGGAAGUGAGACACCUCCGUCUGAUCCAAAUCACAACCAAUAAGAAGACGUCUUAAGUCAACGGCCGUGACAUGACAGAAAACAAAGCAAAACGAGGAAAAUGUCCAAGAAAUACCAAGAAGAACUUCCACCGAUAAACUUCAAGGGCAGCAAGAAAGGAUUUAACCUGAAUGAUUCAAAUCGUGGCUAUCGCACUCUUACAGAUGAUGAGGAAA